UGUUUCCGGUUCGGUGUUACUAAAGCUGUCAUAACACGCCAAUGAUUCGGUAACAGGACGGAAUGUAAACGGUAAUAAAGACGGUAGUUCCCAGGUUGGUGUUUUCUGUCCCUCGGUGGAAACGGUUCCUCCUUUCCGCUCAGUGGAAACCAAACUCAGCGAUGGAGCUCAGUCCGCCGCCGCUCUUCACAUUCGGGGUGAUAACUGACGUUCAGUACGCGGACAUUGACGAUGGAUUUAACUUCUCCCGCACGAGGAGGCGCUACUACCGGAGCAGCCUGCAGCUGCUGAGGAACGCUCUGAGCGGCUGGUCCUUAUCGGCGGUUAAGCCUGACUUCGUCCUCCAGCUCGGUGACCUGAUAGACGGCUUCAACAAACCGCGGGGCGCCUCGCAGGCGGCGCUGGACGCGGUGCUGCGGGAGUUCGCCUCCUUCCCCGCCAAGGUGCAUCACGUGUGGGGAAACCAUGAGUUCUAUAACUUCAGCAGGAGCGAACUGAUGAAGUCCCCGCUGGACAGCAGCUCCUACGCGGAGCGGAGCCCGACAGGAAGCCCGGUCCGGGAGGACAUCUACGCCUACCAGUUCAGCCCCUUCCCUGGGUUCAGGUUUGUGCUCCUGGAUUCCUAUGAUGUGAGCCUGCUGGGCAGACAGGGCUCCAGUCUGCACUAUAAUGCAGCCAUGGACCUCAUUAAGCUGCACAACAAAAACCAGGACCUCAACUGUCCUCCAGAGUUGAAGCAUCUCAGUCGCUUCACGAUGUUCAACGGCGGGUUCAGUCAGGAUCAGCUUGACUGGCUGGAGUCUGUUCUGUCUGUGGCCGAUGAAAAGAAGGAAAGAGUCAUUAUUGUCAGUCACCUUCCGAUCCACCCCGACUCCACCGAUGCCGUAUGUCUGGCGUGGAACUACGAUGACCUCCUGGCUGUUCUUCGCUCCCACAGCAGCGUGGUGUGUUACAUGGCUGGCCACGCCCACGACGGCGGCUACUGCCUGGAUAAAGACACCGGCGUUCACCACCUAACGGUGGACGGGGUGAUUGAAACGCCUCCCGACAGCGACGCAUACGCCAUCGUCUCCGUCUACACAGACAGGAUGGUGCUGACGGGGAGCGGCAGGAUCGCGGAUCAGGUGUUCUUGUUUUCCUGAUAGCACCGUGACUCCGUGUGAAAAAAGGCAGUGGUCACAUGAUGAGAUAAACCGUUUCGAAAGAUUCUGCACGUUUUCCGCGUCACUUUAUUGGGAGAAAUGUAUUGAAACGCACUGAAGAUGACAACAUGUUCAUUAACAAUGUGCUGCUGCUGCUCCACCGCCUAAAGGUGGUUACAGUUAUUAUUUUUAUCAUAAUAAUUUCAGAAUUUUUAAAAUUUAAAUAAUUAUAAAUUAAGUUAAAAUUAAAUGUGUAUAUUUAUUUAUAAAAAAAAGUUCAAAGCAAUGAAAGUUUCUACGACGAUUGAAACUGUUUGCUUUUAUCCCAACGGUCUUAUUCUGCAUUUUAACUCUUUAAGAUGAAUAAUUUAGAAUAAAUUGCCCUUUUUGGACUUGAAUUCAAAUCUCUUAUAAUUUACCCU